UUGUGUUAACGUGUGGAAAUGCUUGUCAUGUAGGAUCAUCUAUUGAGUUUUGGAGGAAGAAACAGAGGACAGAACAUUUUUUUUAAUGUUUGCAUGGCAGGCUGCAGUUCCCACUGUAGCCGGCCGGCGGCGCUGUUUCCACAGUUGGUGAACUAGCUGUAUUUGGUUGAAGGACUAUGUUGUAAAAAUCUUUCAAACUGUUAAUUUUCGGACUUUUCGCGGCUCCUCCGCAGGAGUGCUCGGUGGGUUCGGGGCCUGCGUGACCGCCUCUUCCCGGGGACAGGCGGACCUUCCCGCCUCGGACCGUGUGGCGCGGGUGCUUAGUGGUUUUCUGAUCUCUGGAGGUUUUUGCUGUUAGCUCCGCAGCUAAUCCUAAAAGUCGCGUCAGCUGCGCGGAUUAAAAGUUUCCCCGCAGAGCCGAGCCCAGGAGGAGGCUCUGCUGGGCACAUUUAGGGAACUUUAUCGCGGCUGUUUCUGCGUGUUUUUCGUGGUUUUACGCAGUCGUAAAAAAUUACGUUAGCGGCACAGCAAGUGAAGCCAGCUGUGGGUCAUAAAUGUCGCCGUAGCCCGCAGUCACGCGCGGAUAAUAAGAUUUUCGUGAGGAGAUGCGGUAAAGAGAGGAGAGCUUCGCUGUACCGCCCGCUGACUCGGCGGCUCUGGGCUUGCUGCUAGCGAGGCCUGCGGGUCGGGCUUCCACCGGGCUCAAGUAGAGCCCGUAACCGCCGUCGAGAGGUUGAAGGCCGGCAGACGGCGCAGCCGCAGUUGGGCCUGUGGACCACAGUAUGGAACGGAUGGAAGUGGACCAGUGCGCAGGCGCAGGAGGCGGGGCACUUCGCAGGUCGAACAGCGCCCCCAUGAUCACGAGUGUCAGUGACGGGAUGACGGUCUUCAGUCCCAUGUCUUCAGCUCGGUACAGACGCAGCAGCAUCUCCAUCAACCCCAGCUGUCCCUCGCAGCUCGUCCCUCUGUCUCCUUUCUCUCUGACCGGAGACAGACUCGACCACAAGAGGCAGGAGGAGAACACGGAGAUGACGCUCAGAGGGACUCUGCAGAGACUCAGUCCUUCCAGUCUGGUCCCAGUUCCUCCAGUCAGCCAGUGGCACAACCACACAUCAGUGUGGUUUCCGUCACACGACAGCGGCGUCACGCCCAACUCCUCCCCGAGUCCUACCAGGAGGUUCAGACCUGCGGUCAGCACCACAGUGAGGUGGCCGGCGUUGACUCCGCUGAAGAGGAAAGGGGGGGUGGAGUCAGAUGGACCCCCAAAGAAGCUCUUUGUUGCUGGAGUAACAGACCCCACCCACCGCAGCAGCUACACAGUUAGCGUCUCUCAGUCAGCGGCAGACUCUCCUCCUGUGGGAGGGUCCAUUCCUCAGUCCCACCCUCUGUCUCUCUCGCCCCCACCCUCCUUCACCCCCUUCACCUCCCACCAGCACCCCGGACACUAAAGACCACCUCACCUCCAGUCCCGACCCCGUCACAGUGGGUGCAGACCGACCGUCAGCUGGAGGAACUUCAACCUUCAUCACAUCAUAAAUCUGUUCCAGUCAUCCGCCAGUGUCCCUGUAAGCCCCGCCUCUGUAGAUUUCCAGCUGUCCCCAUUGGCUGAUUGAAGAUUUAUCUCCACAAUCAUGUCACUUUGUGGCUCCACCCCUUAUGCAGGCCACAACCACUGCCAUCAAACAGUGCAGAGAGGACUCGACAUCAGUGUCAUCGUGACAUCAUGAAGUAAACCCGGGAAAACUUGUAAAAGGACUGAAGACACGCUGGUUGUGUAAUCAGGCUGAACAGGCACAGCUUGGAGUGAAGGGGAUUGUGGGUAAUCCUUACGUGAACAUCGAGCAGAAAUUAGGACUGAAGAGGAAAGCAGAGGAUGUCCCGUUCUUUGGCUUCCUUUCUUUAAAAACACGUUGAAGAGUUCUCGGCUCGUGGAAGGGUGAAACAUCGGGGCUCCUGUCCAAACGGACCAAUCAGCUGAUGCUGCUCAUGAAGUUCCUGUUUCUCUCCGGUUAUUGUUAUUAUUGGGAUAGUUCAAACGAGGUCCUGAGUUGUAUUCAGGACUUAAACACAGACCGCUGUCCAGACGGUCUUUGGAGGCACUUCAGGAACAUUUGAAUUCCUCUUCAAUGGACGGGAUCGGAAUCAAACUCAGAAACUUCUGCAGAACUUUUGUUUCCUGAAGUUGCUUUUGUAAAAUCUCAGAAAUCUUUCUGUAAGGAAGACAUAGAAAUUAUGAGGUUUAUUUAGACACGAGGAAGUCCUGAGUGUUCAUGAUCAUCUGGACUCACAGCACUUCAUCAAAUCAAGGCUAUCAUUCCCAAUCCCAAAACCACAUGAAGGCGGGCUGAAGCUCUGCCUCUGAACAAAACUUCAGCCUUCGAAGACUUUUUGUGUUUUAAUGAAAACUUCCAGUUAUGGAUGAGACUGGAUCCUUCUGGGUUUUCCAGAAGAAUCCCGACAGCCCGGUCAGAUCUCACUUGGAGGUUUUGUCACCGGAUACGAGGCUGGUUUUUUUAAGCCAGUCUCCAGUAAGAGCACAGAGGUGGUUUCUUGUUAAUAGUGUAUCUAUAUGUGAAUACUUGGAGCAGCUGGUGUGCGCUGACCUUCCUUCGGCCUGCAGGGUUUGAUUGUACAUAUUAAAUCGGCAGAAAGAAGCCGUGCUCUUCCUCCUCUGAGGUACAUUUAGGAUUGAACUCGUUGAACCCACUUCAGUCAUUUUACCUGAGUCUGCUCUGAUUUAUCAGCCACACCUGGCCUACAGAGAGUUUAGAGUAUUGAGUGCUUCCUGAGGCUGUUUGACUGGGGAAGGUAGACUGUACAUGGUAAAGGCCCCCAUAAAGUGAGGGGCCGGUCAGUUCUUCAGUGUUAGCAGCAUUCAGUUACAUGAAAGGAUUAUUUUAUGGAGAAAGCUCACUGAGACCAAAGCAAAGAACAGUUACCAACAUCAGUUAACUUGAUGUGGUUUUGGAUGUAUUUGCCGUGUGGUGUUACCAUGAAGUAUUAUCCUCGUGGAGCAGCCAUCGUAACGCCGGCCUGUGGUGUGAACAGUUUUAUUUGACGUCUUUGGAGCCUCGAAGGGAACGAGACUACAAAACACUCUGAGACUGACCGGAAACCGUCUCACCAGCAACAGUUCAGCGCGCGAUUGGUCGCUCUGCACAGAUUAUUUGGCACAGGGGGUAGAGCGGGACAGCUCGCCCAUCAUUGGAUUGAUCCCUGAAUACUAAAGUUCAUGUGUUGGAAGUACCCUCGGACACGAGCCUGAACCCUGAGUUACCCCUGAUAUGAUUAAUAAAAGCAGUGUGUGUGAGGCUUGUAGUAACAAAGUGCUUUCUGCACUUUCUGAGUAGAAACGCGUUACAAUCACCAGUCCAUGCACCAUGUACCAUAAAGAACCCCAGCCGCAUCGGUCACUUCGCUCGCCAGCGGUGACGUCAUCACGCAGCCACAUCUGUUAUGCUCACCUUUAUGGAGCUUUUGUGAUAACAGCAAAACGCGCAACGAAAAUCAACAUGUACGGCUGUCCGAAAUGACACCAAAGCACGGCAUGUGCCUGCAGAAGUGCAGCGUAGCGCCUGUUGAACGGUACCGUGCAACAAAGUUGACGUCACGACCGCUGUUUCUGCCGGUCGUGCAUCUCUCGAAUUUUCCACACUGGUGCGCUGUGGCACCGCCAUGUUGUAGACCUGCGUUUACAAUCAUGUCGGUUUUUACCGCUAUUUUAAAGCCGCGUGAGUGCAGAAGCUCAGAGUCACCGAUGGUACAGAACGAGAAAAGACGAGACUUUGUUGAACAAACUUAAAAAAAAACAAAAAACGUUGCCUUUGCGUCAGGUUUGGACUGUUUCUCCUCCACCAAGCCUGACGUGGAGGUUUUGUCUCAGCGGCGCCCCCUGUCCUUCAGGGAAAUACUGCAGCUGCUGCCUGCACUGUAACAGCAAGGUUAAGUGGGCGUGUCUGCGUGAUGGCGCUACCUGCGGCAUGUAAAGCGACCAAAGUGAAGGGUACACUGGAGCCUUUUGACAGACCACCCAUCUGAAAACAAGCCACUGCACCAGCCUGAAGGCUCGCCCUGCUGAAGGACCCGUCGAGGCUCCAUAAGGUUCAAAGUUCACGCCACAUGUCAGUGAGCAGGUUUGUACUGUAAGAAUGUCCAGUCUGGAAGCACCAGUUCACCAGUCUGGAUAUAAUGAUGUGAGCACAAAGCUGAGGUCAGGUCAUGGGUCAGAGGUCGGUAUGUGGACGAGCUGCAGUUCUGCUUCCAGCGUUUGCACAGUGUUGUACAGUUUCCUACGAUCACUCAUCGUGCCUGAACAUGUCUUCAUUUGGGAGGAGUGGCAGUCGGGUCAAAGGUCAGGCCUGAGGUUUCAGUGAGACGUGUUUGUAAAUAGUCUCUAUAAGCUCUUUGAUGAAGUGUCUUUAUUCCCAGUUAAAGAGAACAACCCGCUGAGCGUCAGUCGCCGCUGGCGACGCAGACACAAAAGCUUUGUAGUUUUUUUUUUAGAGGCAGAUUUUUUUUUGCCGUCACCACUUUGCACAGUUUGACCAUUUUGAUGACAUAACCUCGUGGAAGGAAUGCUGUCCAGUUCUGCUGCUUUUUCUGUUCUUGCUUUAUUGUCACGACUCUGAGUCUGUCCUGUUCCAGACAAACGCGCUCUCACACGGCGGCUCAGGGUUCGUGAGCAGGCCCACACCAAAGUCUUCACCUGCUAAAAUGUCUAAAAGGAAAAAAAAAACUAUUAUUUUAAUUUUUAAAAAAGUUAAACGUGUCAAACAAGAUUUAAAUCAGACAUUUAAUAAUUCUUCUGCAGCGUUUUUCAUGCAGUGUGUCUGAAUCAGGACUCAUUUCCAGUUUGAAGCGUCUGAAGCAGGACAGACUUUCCUCAGAGGUCACGACACGCUGCACAAUUCUAGUCGCUGUACAGACAGACCGUAGCUUUAAGACAACUUCCUGUGUAUGUGUGAGAAAGAUAACCUUUGCACAAACGCCACCCCAUGCUGUCGGUAGCUCUGGAGAGGUGUUAUGUAGCGGGACAGAAAUGUGAUGGACUCUGGUUUAAACGUCUUUGGUGUUUCAUCGCCGAGACUCUCGUCCUGCAGGUGUCUGAAGUCCAAUAUCAUGUUUUUAUUUUUAUAUGUGAUGCACAUGUCCAGUGUGAUUGGAGGUUUUUGUGUUUGAGAUGAAGAUUUUAUCCGUUACAUCCUGACACAGACAGAUGUUUAUGCAGAGGCGAGGUUGUGAGCGCUGUUCUCAGAGAGGUAUUUGCUGAAGGUUUUUCAGUAUUAAAGGAGUAUUUCACUCUGGCAGAGCGCCGAGAGUCAAACGUCAGAAAUGACCCUUGGGGGCCCCGUAGUUCCCCCGCCUCCAUCACACUGUAGAGUUUCAGUUUGGCAGCAGCUCAAAGGUCAAGUUCACUCAGGCUUCAUCUGAGUCUCCAUCAGUGGAUGGAGUCCUCUGAGUUCCAACAAACAAAACAUCCUGUGUGGGAAAUAAUGUUUUGGCUCAGCCUGACAUCACAGCGCCACCUUGUGGUCAUCCAAAGUAAAGACGAGGGAGCACAGGACGGGAACUGGGUUUUCAGACUGCAGAGGCAUCGCCUGUGAUCAUGUGACCAAGACUUCCCCUGUCAGUCACAUGGUAACAGCUGGCUGAUACCCAUGUUUCAGUAAAUAGGCUCCGCCUCCAUGAACAUCACAAGCUGUUUGAAAGCUCAGAGCUGGACCUUCAGCUGGUUUUAUUGUUUUUACUCACACGCUCAUCAGCAACAUGAAAUAUUUAACUUUUUAAUGAAGAUAAAAGCCCGUUUUUAUUUUUCUGAGAUUACGAAAGUCGACGAAGGACCAGAGUGAGAUACGACUUUAACAAAAGGGCUGCUAAGAGUUUUAUUGUUGAGGACAAAGGGAACUAAAAGCACAUUAGUCACACGUUCACAUGUAAAUACUUGGACUUCUCUACAUGAGACGGAUGAGACGAUGUAUUUUUAUGCAACUGAAACAUUAAAGUCUAUAUUCUAGUGUUCAUUCCCUCGAGACGAUCUCACGGCUGUACGAGAAAAAGAACGACUUUAGUGGAAACCGUUCAUGUACACACUAUAAAUAUAUAUAAAUAUUAUAUUGUAUAUGAAAAAUACCAAUAAAAGAACGUCUGUACCUUCA